AUGCCUGGCGCUCGUGCCGCGGCCGUCCUGGCGCUCGCGCUCCUGCCGACGCUGGCCGCCGCCGCCAUCGAUUUCCGUCGUGAGGCCCCGCCGCCCGGUCACACGUGCGGCGCGCAGGGCACGUACGCUCCCGGCAGCGCCUACGAGACCAACCUGCGGCGUCUCGGCGCCAUCCUUCCCUCCCAGGCAAACGCGUCCUCCUGCAAGUGCUCUCCCGGCAACAACGCCGGCGAGCGUCCCGACAGGGUCAUUGCGUCGGCCUACUGCUACUGGCUCCCCGACGGGAGCUCGCCGGACUGCGGGGCCUGCAUCACGCGGGCUUUCCGGGAGGCGGAACGGCUGUGCCCGUACCACCGGCAGGCCAUGGUCGUGGUCGACGGCGGCGCGUGCAGCGUCUGCUUUCACGACGAACAGCGCAUGGAGGAGGGCAUGGGCGUCGGCCUCACCGGGCAAUUUGCACUGGAGCCAAAUGCAUCAUAUCUUGAGUUUCUAUGUCUGAAGCUGAGGUCUCUGUUAGAGAAGCAACUCUUGGAAUCACAUAACAAGAGUGAACAUUCGACCCAAACUCAAGUUUGGAAGUCACCACAACAAGCCGCUAUGUGA